UCCUCCUCUUACCCCGCCCUGUUCGGCAGCGGCGGAGGCGGCGGUGCGGCAGUGGUUGUCCCUGCCUCUCCGCCACCUCCACCUCGGCCUAUCCCCGGGCUGGCGGCGCUGGCGGGGAGGGGGACAGUAGUUGUAGACGCUGCCCCUGCCUCAGAGAAGAUACCACGUUGAGUGAGCAAAGACUGAACAUUUUACAGAUACCUUUUGUAGAAGGCUUAUAAGAACUAGUGCCAUAAUUUGAAUCAUAAUGGAUUUCACAUUAUGAGCUCCUCGGUUGUUGCACAGUCUCGCUAUUUGGAGAAAGUUCAUGCUAAAAAACGGAACUAAUUAAUGAGUGAAUAUGAUCAGAUUUCUCCACCAAGGUCUCAGUCUGAUAAGGGUGGAUUCUUUACUGUCUGAGCCACCAGGGAAGCCCAAGAAUACUGGCAUGGGUUGCCAUUCCCUUCUCCAUUAGAUCUUCCUGAUGCAGGAAUGGAACCAGGGUCUCCAGCAUUGAAGGCGGAUCUUUUACUAGCUGAGCUCCCUCCUACUUUUUCCUGACUACUUUUUCCCAGGCAACCACUGUAUUGCUAUAGAGAAUCCCUUGUCAAGCUAAUGAAGCAUUCAAAGAAGACAUAUGACUCUUUUCAAGACGAGCUUGAAGAUUAUAUCAAAGUGCAGAAAGCCAGAGGCUUAGAGCCAAAGACUUGUUUCAGGAAGAUGAGAGAGGAUUAUUUGGAAACCUAUGGGUACAAAGAAGAGGUUGACUCUAGACACAGGUGUAGAAUGUUUGAGCAAAGACUCCCAUAUGGAACCGUCCAAACCUACCCAAGAUCAUGCAGUAUUUCACAAAGAGUGGAAAAGCAGUUACCUCAGUGGCUACCAGCUCAUGACAGCAGGCUGAGACUAGACUCCCUGAGCUACUCUCAGUUCACCAGGGACUGUUUCUCAGGAAAACCUGUACCCCCGAACCUUAGUCAGCACGAGUCUAACUGUAGCUCAUACAGUGUAGAAUCUGGAGUUUACAGGCACCUCUCCUCAGAAAAUAGUACCAGUGCCCAUCAGGCUAGUUAUAAACACAUACAUCAGAAGAGGAAAAGGCACACAGAGGAAGGCAGAGAAAAGCCAGAGGAGGAGCGGCCCAAGCAUAAGAGGAAAAAAGCUUGUGAGGAAAUAGAUUUAGACAAAUACAAGAGCAUCCAAACAAGCAAAACGGAGGCAGAAACAGUCAGAGUCAGUACAGAAAAGCUUAAGAACCGGAAGGAGAAAAAAAGCCGAGAUGUAGCUUCUAAGAAAGAGGAACGUAAGCGCAGAAAAGAGAAAAAGGAACAAGGCCAAGAAAGGACAGAGGAGGAAAUGCUUUGGGACCAGUCUAUCCUUGGAUUUUGAAGCUCUUGCCUUGGUUCCCCCAGGGUUAAACUAAUAGUUGAGAAGCUUGGUUUUACAGUGUUCAUGUUCAAAUCCCUCUUCUCACAUGAGCAGGUACAAAGGCUAAGAGAACAGGAAACAGAGUACGCUUGCUAUCCAACAUGGAAUAUUUUUCCUCAUUUUCUAAAAUCAUUACUACAUUUUUCUUAUACAUAAUGUAAUUUCCCUUAACGAGAGUGGCUCUGCUUUUAUUCAUCUGGUUGCUGUGAUGGCGGAAGUAUUUUUCCCUUGGGAGGUCAUUUAUAUUUAAGUAGGAUUAAUAGGCUUAACAGAAUCUAUUUCUUGCUUGGGUUUUAGUUUGGGGUGGGUAUUUUUAUAUUCAUUAGUUUUCUCUGUGAAGCAAUUUAGAUAGAUAUUUUUCCUCUGUUAGAUCUAACUUGCAGUAUAUUUUCUAGAUUGAAAAGUGGAAAAUUACAUACCUUAUAAUAAGCUUAACUUACAUACAGUUUUUAAAAAGAGUCGAUAUAAAAUCAGUUUAUAUUCUGGAAAUGUUUAUAAUAUAAUAAAAAUCUAAUUUCUACUUUU